GCAAACGGGCCGCGCUCUCGGUGUGUCCGCCCGCAUACCGCUGGAUUUUCCCUCGUUUUCAAUGAAAAUACGCGCAGUGCAACGUCGCGCCGCGUCGGAGGAGAUCGCGCCUCGCCGCUAGGGCCUCUUCCUCGGGAUUGUCACGUCGAGAGCCGGGCUCGGUUUUCCUGGACGCGCGCGGCCUUCCGGAAGGGCUGCGCGUACGAUAAGGAGGGGACGAAGGGCGCCGAGGAGGAGGAGCGGCGAGGGGAGCGGAACGGCCAAGGAUACUCCCGCGGCAGGAGGGAAUCGCGUAGGAGGAUGUCGGCCGUCGAGAGUGCCUUGGACGUCCUCUCUAGGGCAGCCACCAUGGUGCAAGAAGAGAGGCCAAAGGCGACGAGUUUGCACCGAAAGCCGAGCAGCGCGUGGCGCAAGGAACGCAGGAGGGAUCCUAUCCAAAGCGAGGCCCUCGACAUGUCUGCGGCCAGAGUGCACCAUCACAAUCGGCCCAGCGUAAUCGUGCCUACGACACCCCAAACAGGUGCCACGGUGGAAGAUACCGCAGAGCCGCCCGUAGCGACAUCCACGGCGGGUCCGAGAACUGGAAUGAGGAGUUCGGGCGUUGUGAGCGAUCCUGCGAUAGAUGAGCACUUCAAAAGAUCACUCGGCCUCGAGGAGUACGCGGCCGUUUUCAAUGCAACGUCCUCCACUGACAAGGAGACUGGCCUCAGUGUCGACGACCACUUUGCCAAGGCACUCGGAGAAACAUGGACGAGGCUGCAGGCCACCGGUCGGACCAAGGACUCGACAUAACCUCCACUGGGUGCAGUCUCAUCGUUGUCAACACAGCCUAUGUUGGUUCUCGCUACGAUUGCACGGUCCACUCGAUGUUUUCUUACUCCGUAAAAUGUCUACGCUUACGUUCCGAGUGGCGCUGUUCCAGUACUCGCUAAUUUAGGUUAACCGGCGUUAAAAAGUUAGGUUAGGCGAGGUCGGAUCGUGGUGCGCCGAGGCGCGCGACAUCUCCGGAUACAUUAUGCUUAGGACACCACCGAUUCCGUUGCCCGAGGUGAACAGUGCUCUCUUUAUCCCUCUACGGUGUAUCUCUAACUCGUUUUACUUCGGAAGCACGUCUUGACAUUGAAUCGUAUACGUAAUGCUCCUAUACAGCCAAGUGUUCCACACUUACACGCACCGAAAAAGAAACGAGGAAGCCAAGCGAUUAUUAAUCUUAACAAUCAUACGCGUUAACACGGAAGCUGGACAAUUAUACCACAAAAGACACGCACACCUCGUGUAUCUGGAUAUCUGAAAAGUGUACUGGGGGCUCAACGAAAGGAUAAUCCCUGCGCAUGCGCAGAAAGGACUCGGAACAUGCGGUCUGUUUCUUUCUCUUCACUACGGAGCUUCCUUCGUUCCCAUACUGGUGCGCUAAUUUAGGAGUGUUACGUACAUGCAUUGAUUUGAUAUUUAUUUUGGCCUUCCUCGUCUUGAGAGGAGGAGUCGCUCGCCCUGAAGACGUUCCUCUGGGGCUCAACCACUUGCGAGCUCCUGACGUUAGGACGAAUCUCCCAAUGGGCUCUCGACGUUGUAAAUAGUUCUACCUUGACGUGUACGCCGUUUCUACAGUCACUACCGUAGUUCAAGUCACGCGGAGAUGGGCGGUUAUUUAUUACUACAUUUCUACUUCCUCGCAACACCUGCAAGUUAUACAUAUAUAUAUUGUAAUUAGUUGUAACGGAGAGUUUAUAUAGUUAAAUACUAGAGUAAUCUAUGAGCGAUGAUAUUGCACAAUUACGCAAAUAAACGAGAGUUCGUAUCGCUGCUA